UUGAAGUGCAGAUUCAUAUGAAUCAUGUUCUUUGCUUUUUUAAACUUCAGGUUUAGAUAUUAGAAGAGAACUCGAAGAUCUGGAGCGGAAGAACUUGGAUUCUGGUUUCUGUCUUACCUCUGAGAAUCUUGGAACGAGAAUUUAGUAAAAGAACAUGAGCGAUACCCUACGCCAUGGCUUAUUCCACCAAUCUCUUUGCCGGUCUACUAUUCUAGAGCAUCAUAGUAAAACCAAUUCACAGGGAAUCUUUAUAAAGGCGUUGUUUCCCGCUUCACCGGCCAAACCAGGAACGGUACUGUUAUCGAAGGCCCUAAUUCCCACUAAAUAUCGAGAGAACGGCCUUAAGGUGGAAAAGACAAACAUAAUAAAGGGAAGACGCAUGGUUUCUGUUGUUCCACGUGCAGUUUUAACUACAGGUCCUGCUUCCGAGCUUUCAAGAAAAUUCAUUCUUGAUGGAAACUCCGAACUACAGAUUGGUAUUAGUGCUCCUACUCAAGGACCAGGCUUCCAAAUAGAUAUUAAAGUUACAAAUAGCAGUGAUUCUCUUAUUCUCCAUUGGGGUGGCAUUCCCUAUGGAAAAAAGAGUUGGGUGCUGCCCUCUUGUCGACCUAAUGGAACAAAGCUAUACAAGAACAGGGCUCUUAGGUCACCUUUCUCAAAAUCUGGUUCUGAUUCCUUACUGAAAAUAGAGAUUAAUGACCCACAAAUAGAAGCAAUAGAGUUUCUUAUAGUUGAUGAGGCACAAAAUAAAUGGUUCAAAGAUAAUGGGCACAACUUUCAUGUUCAAUUAGUACGAAGUGUCAAACAAAGUUCAGUUGUUUCAGUUCCAGAAGACCUUGUACAGAUUCAAGCUUAUUUGAGAUGGGAAAGAAAGGGUAAACAGCUGUAUACUCCAGAACAAGAAAAGGAGGAAUAUGAAGCAGCUCGGGCUGAAUUACUGGGUGAAAUUGUCAGAGGUGCAUCUGUUGAAGAAAUUCGAGCAAGAUUGGCAAAAAGUGAUGACAAGUAUGAGACAAAAGAGUCCAAUGUUCCUGAAAGUAAGAGCAAGAUACCUGAUGAUCUUAUACAAAUACAAGCUUUUAUACGGUGGGAGAAAGCUGGGAAACCCAACUAUUCACCAGAUGAGCAACUUAAAGAGUUUGAAGAAGCCAGGCAAGAGCUGCUAGGUGAAUUAGAUAAGGGUACCUCUCUUGAUGAAAUACGAAAAAAAAUUGUGAAAGGAGAUAUCCAAACUAAAGUUUCCAAGCAGUUAAAGAAGAAAAGUUAUUUUACUGCUGAAAGGAUUAAGCGCAAGGAAAUGGACUUUAUGCAGCUUCUGAAUAAAUUUGUUACUAAAUCUGUGAAAGAAAAGGUUUCUGUUCCACUAGAGCGCCCAACAGCCGUUGAACUUUUUCUGAACACCAAGGAAGAGCAAGAUGGUGGUUCCAUCCUAAAUAAGUCUGUUUUUAAGAUUGGUGAUAAGGAGCUUCGGGUAACUGUGACCAAGCGUUCUGGUCGGACAAAAAUUUAUCUGGCUACAGAUCUCAAAGGGCCACUUACCCUUCAUUGGGCUUUAUCCAAAAAAGCUGGAGAGUGGGUGGCACCACCUCGAAGCUCACUGCCCCAAGGUUCAGUUUCACUAGAUAAGGCUUGUGAAACACAAUUUGCAAAGAGCUAUUCUGGUGAACCUCCUUGCCAGGUGCAAUCCUUAGACAUCGAGAUUGAUGAUGAAAAUUUUUCUGGGAUGCCAUUUGUGCUACUAUCUAGUGGUAGCUGGAUAAAGAAUAAUGGCUCUGACUUUUAUAUCGAUUUUGUUGGAUCUAAAAAGGUUAAAAAGGAUGCUGGUGAUGGCAAAGGUACUGCAAAGGCUUUGUUAGACAAAAUAGCGGCUAUGGAGAGUGAGGCCCAAAAAUCUUUUAUGCAUAGAUUUAACAUUGCAUCAGAUUUGCUAGCGUGGGCCAAAGAUGCUGGGGAAUUGGGUCUUGCUGGGAUCUUUGUGUGGAUGAGGUUUAUGGCCACGAGGCAGCUCAUAUGGAAUAAGAACUACAAUGUGAAGCCACGUGAGAUCAGUAAAGCUCAGGAUAGGCUUACAGACUUGCUUCAGAAUAUAUACAUAAGUUACCCUCAAUACAGGGAAAUCUUGCGGAUGAUCUUGUCUACUGUAGGCCGUGGAGGUGAAGGAGAUGUGGGCCAGCGCAUUCGAGAUGAGAUCCUACUCAUUCAGAGAAAUAAUGAUUGCAAAGGUGGAAUGAUGGAAGAGUGGCAUCAGAAACUGCAUAAUAACACAAGUCCCGAUGAUGUUGUAAUCUGUCAGGCACUUAUUGAUUAUAUUACAAGUGACUUCGACGUCAAAGCUUACUGGAAAACCCUGAACUCAAAUGGGAUUACUAAAGAGCGUCUUUUAAGUUAUGAUCGUGGCAUACAUUCUGAACCAAAUUUCAGGAGAGACCAGAAGGAUGGGCUUUUGCGUGAUUUGGAACAUUACAUGAGAACAUUGAAGGCAGUUCAUUCAGGUGCCGAUCUUGAGUCUGCCAUCACCAAAUGCUUGGGCUACAGGGACGAGGGCCAAGACUUCAUGGUUGGUGUGCAGAUAAACCCUGUACCAGGCUUGCCAUCUGGAUUUCCGGAACUGCUUCGAUUUGUUAUGGAUCAUGUUGAAGAUAAAAAUGUGGAACCACUUCUCGAGGGUUUGCUGGAGGCUCGUGAGCAGCUUCGACCUCUGCUUCUUAAGUCUCGUGAUCGUCUGAAGGAUCUUUUAUUUUUGGAUAUCGCCCUUGAUUCCAUGGUUAGGACCGCUACUGAGAGAGGAUAUGAGGAGCUGAAUAAUGCUGGACCAGAGAAAAUUAUGUACGUUAUCACUCUAGUUCUUGAAAACCUCACCCUUUCAUCGGAUAAUAAUGAGGAUCUGGUCUAUUGCUUAAAGGGAUGGAAUCAGGCCCUGAGAAUGUCAAAGAGUAGAGAUGGUCACUGGGCACUAUUUGCAAAAUCUGUCCUUGACAGGACUCGACUUGCUCUUUCAAGCAAGGCAGAGCUUUAUCAUCAAGUUCUGCAACCAUCUGCUGAGUACCUGGGGUCACUUCUUGGAGUUGAUCAGAGGGCUGUUGAAAUAUUUACUGAAGAGAUUAUUCGUGCUGGAUCAGCUGCUACCUUGUCACAACUUCUUAACCGACUUGACCCUGUUCUUCGGAAGACAGCCAAUCUGGGAAGUUGGCAGAUUAUCAGCCCAGUUGAAACUGCUGGGUAUGUUGUGGUUGUUGAUGAACUGCUUGCUGUCCAGAAUAAAUCUUAUGGCCAACCUACAAUUUUAAUAGCAAAAAGUGUAAAAGGAGAGGAAGAAAUUCCAGAUGGAACAGUUGCUGUGUUGACCCCUGACAUGCCUGAUGUCCUAUCUCAUGUUUCUGUGCGGGCAAGAAAUAGCAAGGUGUGCUUUGCUACAUGUUUUGACCCCAGCAUUCUGUCUGACCUCCAAGCAAAAGAAGGGAAGUUGUUAAGGCUUAAACCUACUUCAGCAGAUGUAGUUUAUAGUGAGGUGAAGGACGGUGAACUGCUGAUGGCAAGCUCAACAAGUAUGAAGGAAGAUGGAUCUUCUCCAUCUGUAACUUUGGUCAGAAAGCAGUUCUGUGGUAGAUAUGCAAUAUCAUCAGAGGAGUUUACCAGUGCAAUGGUUGGUGCUAAAUCACGUAAUAUUGCAUACUUGAAAGGAAAAGUACCAUCUUGGUUGGGAAUUCCAACAUCAGUUGCCCUACCUUUUGGUGUUUUUGAGAAGGUUCUGUCAGACAGUUCAAACCAGGCUGUAGCUGAGACAUUACAGUUCUUGAAGAAAAGGUUAGCGGAAGGAGAGUUCAGCGCACUUGGGGAGAUCCGCAGGGCAGUUUUGCAGCUUGCAGUCCCACCUCAGUUGGUGCAAGAACUUAAGAGCAAGAUGCAAAGUUCAGGGAUGCCUUGGCCUGGUGAUGAAGGGGAACAAAGGUGGGACCAAGCUUGGAUGGCAAUAAAGAAGGUCUGGGCUUCAAAAUGGAAUGAAAGAGCAUACUUCAGCACUAGGAAAGUAAAACUAGAUCAUGAUUAUCUCUGCAUGGCUGUCUUGGUUCAAGAAAUAAUUAAUGCCGAUUAUGCAUUUGUCAUCCACACCACGAACCCUUCUUCUGGAGACUCAUCGGAGAUAUAUGCUGAGGUGGUGAAAGGACUUGGAGAAACUCUUGUUGGAGCUUAUCCUGGUCGUGCUCUAAGUUUUCUCUGUAAGAAAAAUGACCUUAACUCUCCAAAGCUAUUGGGUUACCCGAGCAAACCCAUUGGCCUCUUUAUAAGACGAUCAAUUAUUUUCCGAUCUGAUUCCAAUGGUGAAGAUCUGGAAGGUUACGCAGGUGCAGGCCUGUAUGAUAGUGUUCCAAUGGAUGAAGAAGAGAAGGUUGUUCUUGAUUACUCUUCUGACCGACUGAUCACUGAUGGCAAGUUCCGCCAUUCAAUCCUGUCAAGCAUUGCACGUGCAGGAAGCACCAUUGAAAAUCUGUAUGGAUCCUCACAAGACAUUGAAGGUGUGGUCAGAGAUGGGAAGAUAUAUGUCGUUCAGACUAGACCACAGAUGUGAUUAAGAGUUCUACAUUGCAGUUGUCUUUCUUUUUUUCCCCAAGGAUGUAUUGUCAAAAGAUAUAGGUGGAAAUAUACUUACUUAGCGAUACACGUCAGCAACCACAGAAAAGAAGACAUCAUGUAGUUUGUGAUUCUAAAAUCCAGUAGAAAUUAGUAUCUGUUGUUGUAUCUAUAUGAAUAAUAGCAUCUACUGUUAUAUCUGUAUGAUUA